AUGGCUCAGUACAUCGGGAAGACGAUCUCUUUGAUCUCGGUGACCGAUAAUCGAUAUGUGGGUCUUUUGGAAGGAAUCGACUCCGAGAAAGGUGUGGUAACACUGAACAAAGUACGCUGUUUUGGCACGGAGGGACGUAAGCAAUGGGGACCUCAGGAGAUAUAUCCCAAUCCUAAUGUGUACGAGACAGUUGCGUUUAACGGUAACGACGUAAAGGAUUUGAGCAUUUUGGAUAUUGCCCUCGAAGAAGUGCAGCCGGUCUUGCCUCCGCCUGAGAUUUUGGCACAACAGCAACAGCAUCAGCAUCAGCAACAACAGCAACAGCAACAGCAACAACAGCAACAGCAACAACAGCAGCAACAACAGAAACAGCAAGAGCAUUCCCAAAAACAACAACAGCAGGUGUCCCCAACAUCUGUACAACAGAAAUCUCAGACUCCUCAAAAUGUUCAAUAUCAAGCUCCAGUUGCAGAAGUACCUGCCGCGGUGGCUGGUUAUGGUGUAUACGCCCCCUCUGCUCCCACUGCCUCUUUUGAGCCCAAAAGCUCUAAAAGCGAUGGUACAACAAGCCAACAAUACUCCAAGAAGCCAAGAGAUGCGCAUGUGGCUUCCAACGCUCCCGUGAAGCCUAAACAAGGACCACCACGUAAAGUUGAAAUCCCCAAUGAAGACUUUGAUUUCCAGUCUAACAACUCCAAGCUUGAGAAAGAUCACGAUUCAUCAAUAACUCAGCAACAUUCUGAUGAAACUGAUCCGAAAAACGACGAAGCUUUCUACAACCGCAAAUCUUCCUUUUUCGACACUAUCUCCACAUCAACGGAGACAAAUACGAAUAUGCGUUGGCAAGAAGAACGCGAGCUUAACAUGGACACCUUUGGACAAGCUAGCGUUGGAAAUAGACGUGGUCGUGGAGGAUUUCGCGGAGGAAGAGGAUCUUAUCGUGGAGGUCAACGUGGUGGUAAUCGCGGUGGUAAUCGCGGUGGAUUCAGAAGAAAUGACAACUUCGGCUCCUCCAGCGAAAGAGUUGAAUUCUGA